AAAAGUCAAAUCACGGACACUUGACGCCGCCAUGGUCAGCUACGAUCCCUACGAUAUUCUCAACAUAAAGAGAAGUGCGACCAGAGGAGAAAUUACCAAAGCUUAUCGCGAACUCCUGGCCACAUGCUAUUUGAAAGAUGUCAAACGAUUUCAGCAAAUUGUGUAUGCAUAUUUGGUACUCAGUGGAAUGGAACAAAUAGAUCUUACUGCACCAUCGCAGAACUCAUAUCUACGAAUGCCUCGUAUCUUUCUGCCCAGAUGGAAUCGAUCAAACUAUUUGAGUGUGGUUUACUUUGCUGGCGGAACUAUUUUGGCGAGCCUAAUUGCCUACAAAAUGUAUCAGCUCGGAUCAGCUUUAAAUAAGCAACCAUUGCAGAGCUCUUCUUUCAUCGUGGCACCACAAAUCACAGAACAGAAUUCAGUGUCGACAUCAACAUUUAACCUAAUACCACAAUCAUGGAGCUGGAUAUUAAACAAGAUGUCAUCUCAAAGUGGAGACUCAACAUCUUCUGCRRUGGCUUCGUCUGUUAGUGCUAUUGCAGGCUCCGCUGCCGGAGGUCUUUCAAAAGCUUGGUCAUGGACAACAGGAUCGGCAGGAAGCGUUUGGCAGUGGACCGCAAACAAGAUGUCAUCUCAAAGUGGAGACUCAACAUCUUCUGCCAUGGCUUCGUCUGUUGGCCCACUUUCAAAGGCUUGGCAAUGGACUAUGGGCAAGCUUUCUUCGCAAACUGGUGAUUCUACAUUAUCUACCACGACUUCUUCUAUUAAUGUGUUGUCUAAAAUAUGGAAGUGGGCAUCAGGUCAGGGUUGAAUAACUCGAAAGAACCUUGCAAUAAAAUUAACUUCUUG